UAGUCCUAUCGUCAGGGGCUCGUGAAAUUCUCGGCAGUUGAAAAUUUUUCGUCGUACUCUCAGAACAACAAAGUCUAUAUGCAAUUUUUCAUGUCCAAAAACAAAAGCAGCGACAAGUCGUCAGACAGCAGCAACAUGUCCGCCUACAAGCUGGAGACCGCCCCCUUCGAUCCGCGUUUCCCCAACCAGAACGUGACCCGCUACUGCUACCAGUCGUACAUCGACUUCCAUCGCUGCCAAAAGAAGCGCGGCGAGGACUUUGCUCCCUGCAACUACUUCCAGAAGGUGUACAAGUCCAUGUGCCCCAAUGCCUGGGUGGAGAAGUGGGACGAUCAGCGCGAGAGCGGCACAUUCCCAGGCCGCAUCUAAGUACGGUCCGGCCACCUCAUCCAAAUAACCCGAACCAGACACAGAAGCAUACGCAAUGAAGCAACACGAUCGAUAGAUAAUGGACGUAGAGCAGCGCGGAGGAGGGGAAGGAGGAGGAGGAGGACAGGAGGUUGUCGUCGUCGUCAUCGUCUAGCAUCCCCCAACCAGGAUCCCGGCGAUUGCAACAUUUACUAGAGAGAAUAGUUUCAUGUUUGUGCUUUCCCGAGCGGUGAAUGAAGACCAUCAUCGACAAAUACAAAAAAACAAAACAAAUACACAAUUGUUCAAUUCUGUGAAUUCUGAAUCGAAUCCUUGUUUCUUCUUAAUCCCGAUCUGAAUCAUGUUGUUGCCGGCCGUUGUUGUUGAGCACGUGGACCUGGAACUGUAUUCCGAUGUGUUAUUAAUUAAUAAAAACUUAGUCACGAACGAA